CUUUCCCUUUUGGAGUAAGUAAAUCUCUUACUCCACCAUCUUCCUUUGUUGCUCUUCGCAGCAGAAUUCUCAGAUUUUGAUUCCUUUAGAUCGUGAUCCGUCUUGAGUUUUUUCAUCUCCGAUCUUCGAUUUCAAAUGUCAGAAGGCUACGCAAUCGAGCUUUACUUCGACCCAGCUCUCGAAAACCAAGUUUUGAAAGCUUGGAACGUCUUCGCUCGCCGUCAAAUCAGCACCAAAUUGAUCAACACUGAGUCUCGUCCACACAUAACACUCUUCUCCACCUCUUUCUUCGACUCAACGAGGCUCGAAUCCUUCAUCAAAAGCUUCGUCUCGAAGCAAGAACCAAUCUCGAUCUCGUUCUCCACUAUAGGCAGCUUCUCCAGCGACAACAACGUGCUCUUCCUGUCUCCGAUUCCGUCUAUGUCGCUUCUUCAGUUGCAGUCUCAGUUAUGUGAUAUGUUGAAGAAAGAAUCUGUUGAGAUUGGUGAAGAUUAUCGUGUUGAUUCUUGGGUUCCGUGUUGUCCUGUGGCUCUUGAUGUUCCUAAGUCUCGUAUGGCUGAGGCUUUCUCUGUUUUGAGGGAUUUGAAGCUUCCGGUGAAUGGUUAUGGUAUGGAGAUUGGUCUUGUUGAGUUUUCUCCUGUUCGUGAAGUCUUCUCAUUUCCUCUUGGUAACACUUUGGAGUCUUGAUCUUUUUGGUCUACUGUGUUGUGUUUGUUGAUUUUAGCUUUACUGUUUCAUGUAAUUGUAAAGCAUCGAUCUUUACUUUUAAACACUGAAUUUCUAAGAAUUAGUUGGAGAAUUUGCUAUUUAUCAAUCUAAGCUGUCUCAUUCCACGUGAAAUUUCUUCACUUUCAAGCUUUUCUCAUAUGUAUUUUGACCUGAAAUUUCUUCACUUUCACUUUCAAUGAUGUUAUGAUUUCUAGAGUUCA